CUGCGUGUCAACGUGCCCGUCAAGAUGUCCUCUACACGUUUAGUUGUUAGAUAUUGACGAAAACGAAUUAUUUAUUUUUUUGUCCGAUAGGUUUUAUUUGUGGAGUAUUUGAUAACUACUGCAAGGCAGCCAAAAAUGACCUCCAGAGGCACGCCGAGUCGCUUCCUUAAAAGUGUUCUCCAAAACGGGGUCGGUCGGUACAUAUGUCAGCUGAAGCGUAUCUCUAUCAUUUUCUCAAAAACUUCGCCGGGCUCGUUAGGAAUCAGGGAAUUUAUUGAAGAAGGAGUGGUGGAUUACACCAAGAAAAACCCUGGAACUGUAGUAUAUGUGUCUCCCCAGGCCAGAGAGACGCCAAAACUUGUUGCAGAAUACUUAAACGGCAAUGUUAGGGAGGAAAUCGUCAGCAGCAAAACAUCUCAGGAGAUUUCUGAGCUUGUGGCCAAGCUGACCAAUCAGUCCGGCAUGGAGAUCAUCCGUCUUCGCAAACCCUUCCACACAGACAGCCCAAGCAUCCAGGGUCAGUGGCACCCCUUCACCAACCGGCCCCCUUCAAUAGGCCCUAUCAGGCCGCAGAAACCGGAAGCUAAAUAAAGACUAGAACUGGGCAAGAAAAAGUCCAAUCCAUGUUGGAUACACCUGAAAAAAGCAAGGGGAGAGCUCAAUUCGUAUCAACUUCGCCAAAUAAGGUACCCAUUUAUGAGGCUCUGGAAGUGUCUGACAACAUGAACUACACCUCAAAAAGAUAUAGUGUAUCAUAUUGGAGUGUAUUUUUUAAGUAUACUUAAGACCCACUACCACAGACUGUUGUUUUUCAUUACCAUGCCCUACUGUCUUGCAGUGGCUGCAGAAGCCAUUUGUCUGGUUCCACUGAGCCAUGGAGAACAUUUCAUACUGUACCAGCUCUUAAUACCACAUUUAAAUAAACUUUACAUGAUUACAUCAGCAGAAUGUAGCUGACGUACUAGAAUUGCGAUAACUGUUGUGCUUCUGAAGGUUAGCAGCUGUAACUUUAGGUUGAAUAAAACAUUUUUUUU